AUGUCUGAAAAUUCGUUCCGGAUUGGUGACACACCUGUGCCGCCGAAAAAACGUGCCCGACUGGAUGUAUCAACGGUUGACACUGUUAACGGUUCGACGGAUGCUACCUCUUUUCGUCCUGAGAAUAUGCAUUUAGUAUCUGUUCUUCAAAACGAUCUUCGAAAUAAGUGUUUAGUGUUACAUACUCGUUUUGGCGAUGAUCCAAAGGAAGCUAUUGUUACACUUCAGAAAUCAUCAUUCCCAAAUGAUCCAAACACUUUAAAACGUUGUAAAGUAGUUAAUAAGCUCAUUGGUCUCCAUAUUUCCGACGAUAUUGAUGACCAAUGCCAUGAAGAAGAUAAAACUGACGAGAUUGAAAAUGAUACUUUUCCCCAAUGGCAAGCCAAGUCCAUUAUGAAGAACGAUAUUUAUCAUCGCUUCCUUAUAACAAAUGGUCUAGAGUCCAUUAAUGGUAUUGAAAUGACUGUGACGUAUCCUGCAGAAUCACAUCACUUUAGUAGAUAUGCCAACUCUCCUCGUCAUAUUAUUCAGGAGACUCCUGUGUUGUAUAAGGAUGUAAUUCUCCCUUUUUUGUCCCAGAAACCCAAGGAUCUUACUUGGAUUGAUAAUGUAGUAGCAGGAAUCGCUGAACAAGAUCGUACUCUUCACAAUGAUGCUGAUGAAAUGUUUGGUUUUACUUUAGUAUUAGAUUACCGAUGGGAUGGGUUACGCAUCCAAGAACUUCAUUGUUUGGGUAUUGCUCACGACCAAAAGCUAACUUGUCUACGGGAUCUCCGUAGCUGCCAUGUUCCAAUGCUAAAAAGAAUUUUGCAGCUGGGUCGUGAUACACUCUUUCACAAAUAUUCUAAAUCAGAAACAUCUGAUAAUCAAAUGUCCGGUGAUAAUCCAAAAAUUAUUUUAUCAAAAGACCAGAUUCUUGCUUAUAUACAUUAUCCACCGACGUUUUAUAGAUUUCAUAUUCACUUUGUGCACAUAGAUUCUGGAGACAACUAUGGCACUAAUGCAUGUAGAGCACAUAUACUCGAAGAAGUUAUUCGAAAUCUCGAACAAGAUGAUCUGUACUAUGCAAAUCGUACAAUAACUAUGUUUCUUCAUGCUAAUAAUCCCAUGUUUGCAGCUAUUUGUCAGAACAGUUCCCAUAUAUCUAUUGUCGAUUCAGCUCCUGAUUAA